CGGGACAGGAGGUGGAGGCGUGGCCCUUGGGAACCUCUUCGGGGUCCCGCCCUUAGGAAUCUCCGCUCUGGCUCCGCGAACGGACGCGGGGUCCGCCCUGCCCAGGCUGGCUCGGCCUCUGUCUGCCUGCCUGGGUCUCCCCAUCAGCUCCGUCCCCUGGGCCCGAGGAGGGGUGACCUGGAGCUGCCCAGACUGCCCAGGGACUUGCCCCGCCCCUACCCCACCAACUGGCCCAGGAGGAGAAGAUGGCCCCCGCGCCCCUGUCAGCUGGGCCCCCCCAGGAAGCUGUGACCUUCAAGGAUGUGGCUGUGAACUUCAGCCAGGAAGAAUGGAUGUGUCUAGACUCUUCUCAAAAGGAGUUUUACAGAGAUGUAAUGCUGGAAAACUAUAGGAACCUAGUCUUUCUGGGACUUGCAUUUUCCAAACCAUAUGUCAUCUACCAACUAGAGCGAAGAGAAACACCAUGGAUGCCAGAGGGAGACAUCCCAAGAAUUAGACAUGCAGAUUGGGAAACUCAGGAAGAAUCUAAGGAGCCCACUCCAAAAUUGAGCAUUUCAAUGGAACAGUCAUCCAAGGAAAUACUCCAAAGGGAUAGUCUCCUCUUUUCCCCACUGAGAGAAUCCAGGAAAUGUGGUGCUAGGCAACAGAAUCAUCUAACUAAUGAAGAAGAGAAUUUCUGGCAAGUCAGAAUAACUCAAAAGAAACCUCUAAAUACAUCUAGAACUCAAAGAGAACAAACUAGUUCUGACAGAAACCUCAGACCAGGACCAACCAUUUUUCCCCAGCAGAAAGCAGAAAAGAGUUUGAGUGCAUGUGACCCACAUGGAAAGUACAUCAGACUGCAUAGAGAUCAACAGAAAUGUAGUCUCAAAUAUUCAAAGAAAACAGCUAAAUAUAAAGACUAUGGGAGAUACAAUAACUAUAAUUCAGCCUCUGUUGUCAGUUCUGGAAUAAAUAUUGGAGAGCAGUUUUAUGAAUUUAAUGGAUGUGAAAAGACUUCCUUAAGGAAAUGUAUUUUUCCUGACAAAAUUCAUAACGGAGAAAAACCUUACCAAAGUAAUGAAUAUGCAAGUACCUUUUCCUUAAGGACUGAAAUUCCCAUGCAUCAGAACAUUCAAAAUGGUGAGAAAUCUAAUCAGUGUAAUAUAUGUGGGAAAAUGUUUCGGCUAAAAGCCCAACUUAAUCAACAUAAGACCAUUCAUUCAGGAGAGAAGCCUUAUACAUGUAAUGAAUGUGGAAAGGCCUUUCGACUAAAAGGACAGCUUAAUGAACAUCAGAAAAUUCAUACUGGUGAGAAACCCUAUAAAUGUAAUGAAUGUGGCAAAGCCUUCUGCAGGCGCUCAAACCUUACUGAACACCAGAGAAUUCACACUGGUGAGAAACCUUAUAAAUGUAAUGAAUGUGGGAAAGCCUUUCAACUAAAAGGACACCUUAAUGAACAUCAGAAAAUUCAUAGUGGUGAGAAACCCUAUAAAUGUAAUGAAUGUGGGAAGGCCUUCUGCCAUCGCACAUACCUUACUAAACAUCAGAAAAUUCAUUCUGGUCGGAAACCUUAUGAAUGUAAUGAAUGUGGGAGGGCCUUCUGCAUGAGUACAGCUCUUACUGUACAUCAGAGAAUCCAUACUGGUGAGAAACCCUAUGAAUGCAAUAUAUGUGAGAAAGCCUUUAGGGUCAAAGCACAGCUUAAUCAACAUCAGUCAAUUCAUACUGGUGAGAAACCAUUUGAAUGUAAUGAAUGUGGAAAAGCUUUUAGACUGAAAGGAUGGCUUACUGAACAUCAGAAAAUUCAUAGUGGUGAGAAACCUUAUCAAUGUAAUGAAUGUGGGAAGGCCUUCUGCAAGCGCUCUAACCUUACUGAACAUCAGAGAAUUCAUACCGGAGACAAACCUUAUGAAUGUACUGAAUGUCAGAAGGCCUUUAGCCAGAAACUAAAACUUUUUCAACAUCAGAGAAUUCAUACUGGUGAGAAACCUUAUGAAUGUAAUGAGUGUGGGAGAGCCUUCUGUCUGAGUACAACCCUUACUGAACACAAGAGAAUUCAUACUGGUGAGAAACCUCACGAAUGUAUUGAAUGUGGAAAGGCCUUCCGACUAAAAGCGCAGCUUAAUCAACAUCGCAGAAUUCAUACUGGGGAAAAACCUUAUAAAUGUAAUGAGUGUGGGAAAGCUUUCUGUAAGCAGUCAAAUCUUACUGAUCAUCAGAAAAUUCAUACUGGAGAGAAACCUCAUGAAUGUAUUGAGUGUGGGAAGGCCUUUAGCCAGAAAAUAAAACUCACUCAACAUCAGACAAUUCAUACUGGCGAGAAACCUUAUGAAUGUAAUGAAUGUGGGAAAUCCUUCCGUCUAAGCACAGGACUUGCUGAACACCAAAGAAUUCAUACUGGAGAGAAACAUUAUGAAUGCAAUGAAUGUGGGAAGACUUUCCGUCUAAAAGCACAACUUAGUCAGCACUGGAGAAUUCAUACUGGAGAAAAACCUUAUGAAUGUGAUGAAUGUGGAAAGGCCUUUGGACAUAGGUCAGGACUUACUCAACAUCAGAAAAUUCAUACUGGAGAGAAGCCUUAUGAAUGUGACGAAUGUGGGAAAGUCUUCAGAUGGAUUACAGGACUUACUCAGCAUCAGAGAAUUCAUACUGGAGAGAAACCUUAUGAAUGUAAUGAAUGUGGAAAAGCCUUCUAUUGGAAUACAGCUCUAACCAAACAUCAGAGAAUGCAUUCUACAAAGAAACUAUAUUGAUAUGAUGGCUGAGAGAAAGCUUUAAUUCAGAACAAGAAUUGUACUCAUUUUUGCUACAUUAUCCUCUGGAUCAGCCCUCUAACUCUAGGUGUCUCUCAGGGUUCCAUCCUGGGUCCUCUUUUCUUCUCCCUCAUCACUGCUUGGCAGUCACAUCAGCCCCCAGGUAUCUAAUUAUCCUCUCCAUGCUGAUUAUUCUCUAAUCUUGCUUACCUGCCUCAGUUUCUCUGCUGAAUUCCAAUCUCUCAUGCUUUUCAGACAUGUUAAAAUGCCAAGAGAAAUAAAAAACUCAGUAUUUCCAAAA